UUUUAUUGUCUGUACACUGUGUAAACAUAUUUUUCUUUGUGGAUGUUCGUUUUGUACGAUUUUUCACCUCAGAUCCGAAAUAAAGGAAUGCCGUUGCCCACUUCGGGAAAACUGAUAUGGGCGUUGCUGCUAUGCAUGGCUGCGGGUGCCUCGGGCGUGGGCGACGGGGAAGGCCCUGAGGCGGAUGCCCCCUGGACCCUGCACCCGGCGCAGAUCGAGCGGAGGCUGGAGCGCUACGGCGACCCGAUGGAAAAGGCUUCCAGGGGGAUUCCGAGAUUCCUGUUUGACGAUAACGAUUCCGACGAGAACGACGAGGCGAAGAAAAAAAACGAUAUUUCAUGGAUAGAGGGCAUCUACCUCCCUCUCAGAGACCCGUCAUUAGUGCCCAGCGAGACGUGUCGAAACGAUGUCGACGCCAUUUUGAAAGUUCUGGAGUCCCCUGUCCUGUCAGGGACCAUCAACAACCAAGGCCGGUUCUGGAAUGUAUUUCUGGUAGACUCCUGGGGCAAGACCGGCGACGGGAUCCUGGACGGAAACCUCCUGCUGUGGGGAAUGCCGCCCGAGUGCACGAUGCUGUACGUCAAGGAGGUCUUUCCCUGGCCGUGGAACAUCAACGCCACCUUCUCGGGGCGCUACUGCCUCGUUCACACGGAGAGCCUCCAAGGCGAAGGAAAGGACACGCUUUUGGACGCUCCGGCAGUGCGCGUAGGAGCCUCAAUGACCUACACAGGCUUCCCUUCGAUCUUCCAGUUCGGGACCUGCAUUCCCUCCAGCUGCACCUCCGAGGACAUGAUGGCUAGCCUCAACGUAACCAUGCACAUCGGCGGGAAAAAACCCAAAUACGUAGACUGUCUUGAGGAAAAAGAACUCGAUGGUGGAGACAUUGCCUACAUCGUAGUGCUGUCUAUCUUGGGAGACCUGAUGCUGGGUGGCGCCCUUGCUGAUUGGCUCAUUGGAGAAAGACAGGAGCUACGGGAGGGUCCUCUUCGCUUUCUACUCGUGUUCUCUGUGUCCAAUAACCUGAAGAAAAUAUUCCAGAUAAACAAAAAACCAAGUCGUUCUGUGAUUUCUUGUCUACAUGGCAUGAGGUAA